AUGGAAGGAUAUGAAGAUGUAUGCGUUUUGAUUAAUAAAUUUAAAAAGGAUAAUUAUGUUUUAGAUUGUUACAAAAAAAUAUAUGAAUCGAAUAAAUGUAAAUGUUAUAGAUCGAUUAGAAUUAAAGAUAUACAACACAUAAUAGAUUACAAGAAAGAAAAGAAUAUAAAAAAAAAGGAUGAAAAUGAAAAUAAUAAAAAGGAAUGUUAUUAUAAUAUUGAAGAGAAGGUUACAACAUUGGUAGGAGAAACAUCAAAGGAUAAAAUAAAAACAUUAUAUGAUAAUAAUAAUAAUAAUAAUAAUAAUUAUUAUUAUUAUAAUAAUUAUAGUUGUGAUGUAUUAAGAAAUAUUUUAAAAAAUAUAGAUAAUAAAUUAUAUAAAUAUACCAAUGAAGUUUUAGAAUAUUUUAAUGGACAUGAUAAAGAAACCUUAAAUAUAAACAAAAAAAUAAAUAAUUGUAAGGAUGCACAUAUAUAUAUUGACAAUAUAUUAAUGAAAAAUCAUCAUGAUAUAAAAGAUAUAUGUAAUGAUAUUAAUAAUAUUGAAACAAUUACAGAGAAUAUAAAUUAUAAGUUAAAAAAUCGUAAAAUAAUUUUAGAACUAUUAAAUACAUAUAUUAAAAUAGUUAUUAUUACACCACAAUUAAUUGAAGAUAUUACAUAUGGAGAUAUAAAUCAAGAAUAUAUAAAAAAUAUACAUAUUUUAACUAAAAAAAUUGAAAAUUGUAAACAUUGCUUAUAUGAUAUAUAUCCAAGUAUUAAAUACUCAUAUAUAGAAUUAGAAAAAUUAAAAAUAAAAUCAGUAGAUCGAAUUUAUUUCUUUUUUCUUGAAAAAAUAAAUCAUAUGAAAAAUAAAAAUAUUCAUAUUUAUAUUAUACAACAAAAUUUAAUGAAAUUCUUAGAAUUAAAUACUUUUCUAUUUAAUAACAAUAAACAUGUUUAUAAUAGUCUUUUGAAAGAAUAUAUUAAUGUUAUGAAUAAAAAAUAUUUCAACUUAUUUAAAAAAUAUAUAAACAAUCUAGAAAAAAAAUAUAUUAAAAAUAAUAAACAUUUUACACUUAUAAAUGAAACAACUUAUUUAUUUACAAGUAAAUAUAAUACACACAUAUUUCAAAAUGUUAUUAAUAAUAAUAAUAAUAUAAACACUGGUCAUAUAAACACAAAUAAUAUAAACACUGAUCAUAUAAACACUGAUCAUAUAAACACUAAUAAUAUCAAUACAAAUAAUAUAUAUAAUAAUACUAAUAAUUUUAGUGGUAGUCAUCUAGAUAUCUUAGGAACUAAUAUGAAUAAUGUCACGUUUGAAAAUGCUAAAAAAACUAUGAUGAAUUUUUUAGGGUUCAACCCUAAGACUGAAAAUAUGAGUAAGACAAAUGAGGAAUCUGAUGAAAAUGUAUUUUCUUUAAAUGGUCGACAUAAGGUGUUGUAUGAUAUAUGUUACUUUAAUAGGACUAAAGAAAAGAAAAAAAAUGAUAUUAAUAGUAUUAAUAGUAUUAAUAGUAUCAAUAGUAUUAAUAGUAAUAAUAAUAAUAAUAAUAAUGAUAGUAUUAUUAUUAAUAGUUAUAAUAAUAAUUAUAAUAAUAAUCAUAUUCAUCAUAAUAAUAAUAGAACAAGUGAUGAAGAUACUUUUGAAGAGAAUAUAAAUACAGAAUAUCCAGUAUUUUUAAUUUCAGAUACAGAUAAUUUAAUGUAUCCAUUUGAAGAGAUAUACAAAUCAAUAAAUAAAUUAUUUUUUGACACUGGGUCUUUAGAAUAUUAUUUUAUAUUGAAUUUUUUUAAAGAUUAUGAGUCACCUGAUAUAUUAUUCUUAGAGAUAUAUUCAAAGACUAUAUCCCUUUGUUUCGAUUUUAUUUAUUAUUACACAAUAGAAACAUAUGAUGUUAUAUCUUUAUAUUGUAUAUAUAUCAUGAAUCUGUAUUAUGCAUAUAUUAUAUAUAGAAGAAAUAUUAUAACACUUUAUAUGUAUAUUCAAAAAAUCCAAGCAUUUUUAUGGAACAAAAUAUAUUAUAUUGUUGAAGAAAAUCUUCAUUCUUUAAAUAAAAAAAAGAUAGAUCAGAAAAAAUACAUAUCAUUAAAUUUGGAUGGUAAGACAAAUAUAUAUCCUCUUGAACAUUAUCAAAAUAAAACAUGUCAUAUGAAUAAUUCGAUAAUUGAAAAUUUUGAUAAUUCUACAAAUAAAGAAAAUAAUAACAACAACAAUAAUAAUAAUAUUAUUAAUAAUAAUAAUGGAGAUAAUAGUGAUGAUAGUCCUUAUUAUCAUCAUCUUAAUAAUUAUUGUAUCAAUAAUUCAGACAUCCCAUUUACAAAUAAUACAUGCAUAAAUAAAUCACAGCAAAAUAAAAAAACCCAUCUUUUAAAUAUUAAACAAAAUGAUAUAAAUAAUAAAAAUUUAAAUACCCAUUUAAAUAUUCAAGAAGAAAAAAAACAUGCACCCAAUCUUUCAAGUGAUAUUAAAACACAUGAAGUACAUAGUGUUACAAAAAAAUUUACAGAUUUUUAUUCUUCAGUAGUUAUAUUAUCUAAAUUAUGUUUUGAUAUAGAUACUUACUAUAAAGAAAAAAUAGAUAGACAAAAAAUAAAUUUCGAACAUCAAGAGGAACAUCUAAAAGAAAAUAAAAAUCAUCAUCACAUCAAUGUGGUAGAUCAAAUUGAUAAAGUACAGAUGGAAACAAUAAAUUACAAUGAAGAGAAGGAAUGUAAUUUGUUGGAUGAAAAUAAAUUAUGCUCUACACAAUUUAAACGACAUAUAAUAAAAAAUGGUUAUGAUAAAAAUGUAAAUGCUGUAAGAGGUAAUGAGAGAAAAGAAAAAAAUAAAAACAACCCCAAUAUGGAUAGUAUGGAUAGUAUGGAUAAUAUGGAAAAUAUGGAAAAUAUGAAAAAUAUGGAAAAUAUGGAUAAUUUAAAUGUAGAAAAAAAUAAACAUACUAAUUGUGAUGAUGAUAGUGAUAAAAUUCUUUAUAAUAAUAACAAUAAUGAUGAUCAUCUUUUUUAUAAUAAUAUUGAUUCACAUACAAAUGAGAAUACUCAUUUAAAAAAAAAAUAUGAUCAGAAUGUAUCUAUGAAAGAGAAAUGUAAUAAUCACACCGAAACAACAAAUAAUAGAAAUAUAUUUGAUAAAAAUAAUUAUUUUUUAAAAUAUAAAAAAAUUAAUAAUUUAAUAUCAAGUUUAGAAGGAGCUUAUAUAAAUACAUUAAUAAGUUUAAAUGAUGAAAUCUUAUGUCCAAAAGAAAAAUUAUUAUUUUAUAUUAAUAACUAUUAUUAUGUUAUUUAUAUAUUAAAACAAAAUAAAUUAGAAGAGAAAAUAUCUACGUUUGAAAAAUUAUUGAAAAAACAAAUAACAACUUAUAUAGAAUAUGAAUUAAAUAUAUAUAUAAAAGAUAUCAUCCUAUUUGUAAACAAACAUGAACAUAUUAUUAAUACAAUAAAAGAAGAUACAUAUAAAAACUACAUUAAUAACAAUCAUAAUUUAGAGGAUCAUAAUUAUUAUUUAUCACAUAUUGAUAUUAAUUCUAUGGAAAAUAUAGCUAUUGAAUUUACAACAAAUUGGAAAUUAUUAUUUAAAAAUAUCAGACAUAAUAUUAUUAACUCAUUUACAAAUAUUGAUAAUGCAUUUAAUAUAUUAAAAUUAUUAAAUACACAUAUAUUGUUAUAUUUCACACGAUUCUAUCAAUUAACAAAAAAAAUAUUUUCUAAUACACAGCCACCUCUAUAUAUACAAAAUCUUCCAUCUGUUGAUGUUAUCAUGAUACAAAUCAAGAAAUACACAAAAAGUGUCAGUAAUUAA